AUGGCGUGUGACUCGAGACUGAUGGACGCCGAGUCGCGUCGAAGAGCUCUGGAAACUAUAGCGUGUCACCUGGAAGAGGCGUUGCGCAUCAGACAUCAGAUCGCUUCGACUACCAAAUUCAAACUGAUCAACAUGCUGAUCUGCACAAGGAACAGCGGUGCAGCCGUCACUUGUUUGUACUUGUGCGUCAAGCUGCUGUAUCUGGUGAACAUCGUCGGCCAGCUGUUCCUGUUGAAUCUGUUUCUGGGCAGCAACGACACUUUGUUCGGAUUUCAUAUCCUGAACGAUUUAUUGCACAACCGAGAAUGGGAAGAGUCGGGUAACUUUCCGAGGGUUACCAUGUGCGACUUUGAGGUGAAGGUAUUAGGCAACGUGCACAGACACACUGUUCAAUGUGUGCUUAUGAUCAACAUGUUUAACGAAAAGAUUUUUCUCUUCCUCUGGUUUUGGUACAUUCUGCUAGGAAUCAGUACUUUAGGAAGUUUAUUAUACUGGCUGUUCAUCAGUUCCGUACCUGGGCGCCAGAUUAACUUUGUUGGAAAGUACCUGAUCGGUAUCGAAGGUUAUAAGAUGGUAGAUUCGCAGUCGCUCAGAAGGUUUGUUGUCAACUUUCUGCGGCAAGACGGCGUGUAUGUGCUACGGAUGACAGCCGCCCAUGCCGGCGAGUUGGUAUGUUGCGAAUUGUCCAAGCUUUUGUGGAAUAAUUUCUGUGAUAACGCCCGGGAGAAGAUGUUCGAAAUCUAG